CAGAGAAAGGUGAAACUGUCGGCAAACGUCAGAGGGAUACGGUGGUUUAUUACUUGCUCCAUGAAACUAUAUUUAUUGCAUACUUGACAAACUCGAUGUCGUCGACGUAUUCAGCUGGUUACCAGCCCUACAUUAAUCAAGGUGCUGGUCAGCAGACUCCUGCUUUAAAGUCCAGCAAUUCGACGACAGGCAGCUAUUCAAGUGAUGCCACAGGUGGCUACCAACACACGGCGGUGUCAACAAGCAGCUGUCAGGUGCAGGCCCAGGGCAGCACCAACUAUAGCCAGGCUGUGGCCAGUGGCUACCAGCAGAGCUCAGCAGGAACUAGUGGCAGCCAUGCGCCAACACAAGUCGACGCCAACUAUAGCCAGAUGACGACUGGUGGAUACCAACAGAGCCCGGUUACAAACAGUGGAAAUCAGACGCCAACCCAAAGUACAUCUAACUACAGCCAGCAGUCAAACAGCCAGGGAACAUUUGAUUACAGUCGACAGACGGGAGGUACCGCCUUCAACCAGAAUACGACGGGGUAUGACAAUAGCUACGGAGCUUAUUCCUCCAGCACAGGCUAUGAUUCCACUGGUGCUAGCUCUGCUUAUAACAAUACCUACAAUGCUUCAGGAUAUCAAGGCAGCUAUGGUUCCUCAAAUAUGGAAGGCACUGCAGGAACCUAUGCUGCUGGAACUUACGGUAAUGAGGACACAUCUGGUUAUAACAACGGUAGCUAUAGUAACAAUAACUCCGGUUAUAAUACUGGCGUUUACAACUCCAAUAUGUCUGGCUACGGUAAUUCUGCAUAUAACAGCUCCUCUACCAGUAACUAUGACAACUGUUCUUCACAGUACACCAAUAGCACUGAAAGUGGCACAAAUAACACUACUGCCAGGACUUAUAGCAGCAGUACGAACAGUGGCUACGGUGGCAGUGAAAAUGGUAACUAUGGUAGCACCAGUGUUAACAAUAGCUAUACCAAUAGUUACAAUAACUAUAACAAUUCUGGUAGUGGUUAUGAUGGCUACAAUUAUUAUGAUGACUACGAAAAUUACAACUCGCAGAAUGGUAACUCCAGUAACAGUAGUUAUGAUAACUACAAUGGCAGUGGCAACGAUUAUGGUUACUCCAACUAUGGCACAAAUAGCUAUAGUGUUGGGAACACACGAAAUCAAUCAUACAACAACCACUACAACAAAAACCAUGACAAGGGAAGUCACUCUAAUUACACAUAUUCCGGCUACACAACAGGAAUUAGCAGAGGAUGUAACAACUCAGAUUACAGUAACAACAACAGAGGGGUCAUGAGGGGGGCCAGAGGUAGUAGGGGCUCUAAUGGGUUCCAGAAAGGGGGCAGAGGUGUUAACUCUGGGGAUAACAGGGGAUUUCGAGGUAGAGGGGGUAACAGUUUUAAUUCAAGGGGUCGCGGGGGUAAUGAUAGAGGGGGAAGGGGCAGCUUUAAUGAUAGAGGAAACAGGGGAGGUGAUAGUGACAGAAUGAACCAAGGAAACUACCGUAGUAAUACCAGAGGGAGAGGGUUUAUCGAUCGCCAAGGAGGGAUGGGCAGGGGUGGGACUGGACGGGGGGAUCACCGUGGUGACACAGGGACACAGCGAUAUGGCUCAGGUAGAGGUGAAGUUACAGAGAGAUUGACCAAACCUGAUUGGAACAAAACCAUACAGAAUCCAGUAGGUGAUAACAAAACCUCCAAUUCUAAGAAGGUUUCUUCACAGUCUGAGACAGGUGGUAAUGCUGUGAAGCGACAGGCUUCUCUAGAGGUUGACAGUUCUGGACUGUCUUCUGUCAAAUCACUCAAAACAGAACAAAACACUGAAAGUAAACCUGGGCCCAAAACUACUCGUACAGACAGCACUUCCUCUGUCAAAUCCACAGACAGCAAAGAGGAAACAUCUCCGAAAAAGAAAGGUGCUGGAAAGAAAGAUGACAUAGAACUGGAUCCAGAGGUGGAAGCAAAGCUAGCACUUUUAAUACAGCCUAAGUUUUGUAAACUUUGUAACCUAGCAAUGAACUAUGGUCUCCAGGCCGACCAACAUUACGAUGGAAAAAAUCAUGCAAAAAAGGUGCGACUAUUUAGGCAAUCAGCGGCUCUUGAAGUGACAUUAAAAAAGUUGGAGAUGGAAGGGAGUAUUGUGACGGGGAAGACGGUGGUUCUUAUGGACGAGGAUGGACAGACAGAGGCAGUGAAGAAAAAGGAGGAGGAAGACAAGAAGGAAAAGGAGGAGAGCACAAAGUCCAAGGAAGAUCAGGAGAGAUUGGCUGGAGCCUCUGAGGAGAUCUACUGUAAAGUGUGUGAUGUGUCCUUCAACUCUCCUAAACAGGCCAUGCAGCACUACGAGGGUAAAAACCACCACAAGAAGGUUCGCAUGUCUACCCAGGCAAGGGACGUCACCGAAUCUCAGAAGGACCAUGUCACUGUAGACGGCACAGUGUUUGAAUGCAAACUCUGUUCAGUCCAUGUCACCUGUCAAGAACAACUCAAUGCACAUCUCGAUGGGGCCAAACACAAAUCCAAGUUAAAAUCUCAGGAGCGUGGUGACUGGUCAGGUGGGCGUGCUGAUCUGGGCUACAGAGGCAGGGGACGAGGCAGUGCCGGAUUUAAUGGCCGUGCAGGCUUUCAGGACGGUGUAGGUUCUAAACGUGGCUAUCCAUUCCCUGGGGAGGAGGCCGACUCAGCCGACUCAGGACAGCCUAAACGUCAUCGCGACUUCCACAACUACCGUACGCCAAGUGGACGCUUCUACUGCAAGGUGUGUAAUGUCACAAUGAGUGGUGACGGACAAUUCGCAAUGCAUAUGGACAGCAAGAAGCACAAGACAAACAAUUCCUCAUUUAGACAUGUACCAGAUGGUGAACAAGAAGUUUCUUAGUUAUCAGUAUUAGGAGAGAGUAAAAACACAAGGCAAAGUAUUCCAUGUUUAGACAUGUACCAGAUGGUGAAUGGGAGGUUUCUUAGUUACUAUGAGAGAGUAAACCCACUUGGCUAGCAAUUCUCAUUGAAAUACACAUCAAAAUGGCAAGUAGGUUUCAUGUCUUAUCAAGUCAACCCAUUCCUAUUUGAAUUUGAGAAUUUGUAUCGGCAACUGGGAGUAAAUUAUAGUUGUUGCAGUGUAACAUUGUCUGUGGAUGUUCAAUGCUUUUGUUCAGUGGAUUUAAUUGACUUUGAAAUUACCUUGAGUAUUAAGGUAGGUGCAGGUCAACAACUGAAAUAUUAUAAAUUGCAAUGUUUGAAAAAUAAAUUGAUCAAAUUCACCAUCAAGUGAAUGAAAAUAGCUUGAAUAUGAAAGCUAAAGCUGGAAAAUGGUGAAUGUUUCCACACCCGGUUAUAGUCCGCAGUCAUUGUGAGAAAAAUAAGAUUGUUGUCACACCAGGUUAUAGUCAGCAGUCAUUGUGAGAAAAACAGGAAUGUUGUCACACCCGAUUAUAGUCCGCAGUCAUUGUGAGAAAAAUAGGAAUGUUGGCACACCCGGUUAUAGUCCGCAGUCAUUGUGAGAAAAAUAGGAAUGUUGGCACACCCGGUUAUAGUCCGCAGUCAUUGUGAGAAAAAUAGGAAUGUUGGCACACCCGGUUAUAGUCCGCAGUCAUUGUGAGAAAAAUAGGAAUGUUGGCACACCUGGAAAUAGUAUAUAGGCAGUGUGAGGAAGGUGGAGCCAUGUUUAAUUUGCAUGCCAGGUAAUAAUAUAGUGUGGGUGUGGGUUAGAUAGGGAAUAUUUCCACAGUUAGUGUGAGAAAGAUGAGAAAGUUUACACACCUGGUAAUAGUUUGUAUGCAGUGUUAGGGAGUUUAGAAUGUUUAUAGACCUGGUUAUAAUACACAGUCAGUGUGAGAAAGAUGGGAAAGUUUACACACCUGGUAAUAGUUUGUAGGCAGUGUUAGAAAGAUGAGGAUGUUACUAGACCUUAUAAUUCAUAGUUAGUGUGAGAAAGAUACAGAAUAUAAGUACACCCGUUAACACUUAAACAUGGGGUGUAGUGUGUACUAUCAUCAUAAAUUGAUGUUUGGAAAUCCAAAAUAAUGAUUCAUAAUGAAAGCAUUUAAAAAAUUAAUUGUGAAACUGUUUUUGUGUGUCACCUAUAACUUUCCAUUUCUGGUCAUUUGAUUGAAUCACAUAUGUUUUAUAAAAGAUUUAUUUUACUAUUUAUCUGUGAACUCACAUGAAGGUGCUUUUCCCUGUAUAUUUAGAUAGUAGUGUUAUCAUUUAAAGUGCACUUUAUCUUCUUAACUUGUUGUGGAUCUAUUUUCUUGGGAAAAGAAGUUCAAACAUUGAAGGUUUUUGAUCUGCAGUUCAACUUUAACUACUGUUUCAUGUGGUGUAUGGGCAAGAAUGACACCUUUUUAUAAAACUAUAUGGAAGCAUUAAGAACAGUGAAUCUUAAUACAGAUACCAAGCAUUGUUAGCAUUGUGAAGGAAACAAUGGAUAUUGUUUCUAUUGUUACAGAAUAUUUGUUCACAUUAGCGUAGAGUGGCGUGUAUUUUGAGUUGCAUGUGCUGCGUGCUGGUUUAUAUGUUACUGUACAUGUUUAUGGUAUAGAAUCUCUUGUUAUUAAAGCACUCGGACACAUUGUAAAUGUAAGGAGAGACAACUGGUGCUGGACAGAUAUUACUACUUAUGGAGUGUCUACUGUAUAGAGUCUAAAGCUUAGGGCUGCAAUGAUUAUCGUGCGACGAUAUAUUGAGAUAUUUUAAAUACGGUACAAUACACAAUAUUUUUGAAGAAAUUACGAUACACCUUUGAUAUUUUCCGGAUUUUAAACUUUAAAGUCAUGCCCAUUUUGGACCAAGUCUAUUUCCGUUAGCAUUACAUGUAUUACCAUUAAAAAUGUGCAACAUAUCUUUUCUCUUUGCUUCUACUAUUACUAAAUGUAUCUUAACCACAGUAUCAUGAUACGUAUCAUCAGGUUAAUCGUUGCAGCCCUACUUAAGAUGAUAGCAUUGUGGUUUAUGUGAUGCUUGUUAUAUCUUCAAUGGUCUGCUCACACAUGUUGACGUUGCUAGAGAUGGUCUCAGUGGAAGUCUACAACCCUUGUAAGGGGAUUCCAUGUCGCAAUCAAAAGAUUCUUUAUUUUGUGAUGUCACCAUUACAUGCUGAGCUUAUUUAAGGUCAGGAGUACUGACAAGGUCCAGGAUACAUGCAUUAAGUAUUAUGAUUGUGAUAUUCCCGACAUGCAUGUUUUUAAUUGUUGCCAGGCAGGGACUGCUUGUCCACAUCAUGAUUACCUUUACAGAUAGGUAACCUAUAUUAACGUAAUUCUGUAAUGCUUUAAGUUAUUCCUAUAUUUUUGUGUAGGUUUUUCUGUAGUCAGUUGUUCAAAGUCUGCAUAUUAUACAAGUUAAACACACAAAAAAAACAUGAUAUAGAAUAUUUUGGAUUGAAAUAAAAAAGAAAGCUGUAUGCUUAAGGAUUUUAAAUGAUCUUCUGAAAUGUUCAGAUUUUUCUCUAUUAUCGUAUUAUGACAACUUCAGUAAACAGACUUUUUGAUAUGAUCAGGUUUUAAACAACUGGACCCGAAUCACAAGUCACCACUUUAAAACUUCACUGGAUAUUAUGAAUUAUUGUAGGAUUAAUUCUAACAACCUAGCUCUGUAAAUUUGUCUUUCCAUCUGUCUUUCUGUCUGUCUUCCUGUGAUCAAUUUGUCUCCGUCAAAUUGUUUCUCCGUCUGUCAAAAUCUCUGUCUCGCUAUCAAGGUUAUGUGAUAUAAAUACAUAUCUGUAGCUGUGUCUAUAAGUAUUACUACAGACUCUUGUGAUAAUUUAUUGUGUACAAAUGGACCAAAGCAGUGUUUUCUGGUUCUUGCCAAUGAUACAGUGUAUGGAUAAAACCUUUCUGUUGGACUUGCUCAGUCUUUAUUGCUGAAUAAGACUCUAUUAAGAGACUUAUAAAAGUGCUUGUUGAAUAUUAAAUUAUAAUAGUCUCAAGCACUGAUGUUACAACUUUAAGUUUUGGGGGUUUACAAAAUCAUUUUCUAUUCUUUGUAUGAAACAAUCUGUAAUUAUACUUAUAUUACCUGUGUAUCUGAUUGGGGAGUUUUACUAGUUGCAAGUAUCAAUAGCUUUUAUAUUUAGUUGUUACGAUAAUAAUAGAUAAUAAUGAUAAUAAUAUUGCUUUAUUUAUAGAAGGUAAUUUAAUUACUGUAAUUAAGUGCUUUUUGAAUUUGUACACAAAGUUAAAAUAUGAUAACUGCUAAUUUAAGUUUGAUUUAAAUCUUUAGAGGAGGAUGAAUAUAUCGCAUCGACAUUGUUUGUUAUUGAACUUAGCCCUGAUCAAAUUUAGGGCAGUUUUUAAGGGAAGAUUUACUGUACAAAUGUACUUUUGAUAAUAAUAAUGGUUGUGAGAGUGAGGACACUUAUUUUGUGAAAACUUUUAAAGAAAUAAUAGUGUAUUCCUAACCUAUUGAUGUUAAUACUUGACCCAGAUUUGAAAUGAAAAAUGGCCACCAGUGGUCAUCUUGAAGUUUUUGCACCUAAGCUGAUUUUCUUGCAUUAAAUUAUUAGGUAAUCUUAUUUUCAUGAAUCUUAUUAAAUUACAAUUAUGCCUAUUGAACUGACUGUGCAGCAGUGAAAAGUUCUUUUUAUUUACUUAUUUAUUUUAAAGAUAAUUUGAAUAGUGUGAUUAUGAAAAGUUAUGAAAAUUGCAAUUUAAUCACGUAUGCAUAAUACUUUUCUGAUUUGAACAUAAAUAUGUACCUUUUCAUGUUAAUAAGUUUGAUGAAUGCUUUUUUUUUCGCUUUUAACUCCGUCAUUGAAAUUAUCUCCCCUUUAUAUCAUAACCACUCACAAUAUACCAUAUAUAUAGUGAUAGUGUUACGUAGCUAGCUUAAAUAACAUUGGGGAUUAUGUCUGAAAAAGGAUGUAGUGACUAUAUUUGGAUAUAAUAACAUUUUCACCACAAAGUGUUAGCAAUAUGCUCUCUCUGAUAGGGGAAUGGUCCGGUGUUAGCUAUAUGCUCUCUAUGGUGAAUUGUCCUAACAGUGACUAACAGGUGAUCUUACCUGUGGAUUCAGAAGAUAUAGGUACAUGACAUGCUCUGUGGAGUUUUAUGUAUAGCAGUGCUGGUAACCUAGUCAGUAAUGGAGCUCUGUGGAAGAUGUUUUGUACCACCUUCUAUAGGGAGACUCAAAUUAUUCUUAAUGUUUGUUUUUAUUCAAAUUGAUCAUUCUCUUUGAUCAAAAAGGAUAGUGUGGACUCUUCAAAACCCAUUAAGUGCAUACAUCCCUUUCUUUAGAGCUUACACCUGUAACUUAUAUGUAUAGAUAUUUGAGAUGUUACACCUGUAACUUAUAUAUAUAUAUAUUUGAGAUGUUACACCUGAAGAUGGUUACCCUUCUGCAAUACCUUGCCUUAGUCACUUUACAAUUUCUCAUGUAAAUCUUUUAUUUAUUAUUAAUUUCUGAAGUAUAAUAGAGUUAGAAUUAAGGGUUUUGUUUGCACUGUGGUACUUACUGAACUUUGUUUGCUAUCUCUCAAAAUUGUUUAUUCUGUUUUAGGUAUCAUAUUUUGACAGGAAGCAAUGUUCACCACAUCUGUUGGAAGCAAUGUUUACCACAUCUGUUGGGAGCAGUGUUUACCACAUCUGUUGUAAGCAAUGUUUACCACAUCUGUUGGAAGCAAUGUUUACCACAUCUGUUGGAAGCAAUGUUUACCACAUCUGUUGGAGGCAAUGUACACAUCUGUUGGGAGCAAUGUUUACCACAUCUGUUGGAAGCAAUGUUCACCACAUCUGUUGGGAGCAAUGUUUACUACAUCUGUUGGGAGCAAUGUUUACCACAUCUGUUGGAAGCAAUGUUACAUUACAAUAAAAUAUGUUUUUGUUACUUCUUGCUUAACCAAAGUCAUGUUUGUGGCAUCAAAUAAGAAAUUGUUUUAUUGAUAUCAAUCUCUGAAACAAAUAAACUCAUUCACCCCUGAAGACACAUUUGAACUCUUUUAAUUCAAAGGUUGGAAUAGUUCAUUUUGAAAUUGUAGGGAUGAAUGAGUUAAGCCAAUAGCAAACUCAGUUUUUAGGUCCUCUCUCCUUUGGUCCCAGGUAAAGAGUGUCCCAGGUAAAAAGUGUCCCAGGUAAAGAGUGGCCUAGGAUAAAGAGUGUCCCAGGUAAAGAGUAUCCCAGGUAAAGAGUGUCUCGGAUAAAGAGUGUCUCGGAUAAAGAGUGCCCCAGGUAAAAAGUGUCCCAGGUAGAGGGUGUAGUUACAUUUAUCUACUACCUGUAUAAGAAUAUUAAUGCAAUUUUCACUUGGAUGAGGUCCCUUGAGUUUGUUAUAAAGUUGUUCCACGAUCGGACGUGAAAUGAUAUGGGGUCACCUACCCGACCACGUGGGUUUUCUCCGGGUACUCUGGUUUCCUCCCACAAUAAGACCUCCCUCGGGCUAACAUCCAGACAAACAAGAGUGAUUAAUAUAAGUUGAAAUGACUUGUUUCAUAAUUGUUGUAAAAUAAAUAAAGUUUAUAUUUUAUAAACUUGUUUAACUGUUCAUCUCACUGAAUAAGAUUUAUUCAUUUGUAUAAAUUACAUUAUUUGUAUGUAAGUUAGAAACAUUUAAGUAAAAUAUAACAAUGUAGUCUACCUGUACAAGCCUGAUUAUUCCUGCGACCUAUAUUCCAAACUGAGGUGGCAGAGCUGUGAUAUGUCUAUAUGUAAAUAUAUCUCUGUCAAAAUGUCUAAGUCUGGUGUCAGGGUCAGAGGAAACUCAGACUAAGUUGUCAGAUAAUAUAUACAAAAAAUUAAUAGGUGAACACAAACUGUAAGAGUUUUACCCUAAUGUUUCAUUAGUCAAAUGAAGUUAUAUAAGCAACUUGAGGCAGAGAAGUGGAGGCUGGAUUAAAAAGAUGCUACUGUAUACAUGAGGUAGGACACUAUCCAUGAAUUUCAAUACAACUUGAGUUCUGAUCAGUGGUGUUUGGAUUAAAAAAGUUCAUAGAAGCUAUAGGUAGGACAGUAUCUUGGUAAAUUAUAAUACAACUUGAUUCAGAACAGUGCUGGGUGAUUUAAAGGUUUCCAUUGUAUACAUUAGGGAGGACAAAUCUCGGUGAAUUUUAAUGAUGCAUCUUCCUUUAAAAAGUAUAAAACUAGAUACAUAAUGAAAACAUUUAUAUUUCAUGAAAGCUUUUAUAAGAGAGGCUGGAAUUGUUGUUUAAUUGCAAUGUCGUAAAUAAUAAAUCUAUGUUUCAUGUUUUGAUCAAAACAUUUGGAUGAGUUUGUUAGUAGUUGUAUAAUUUGUAAGAUGUGAUUAUUGCAUAACAAGGCAAUGAAGGUUAAAGGAUUGUUCAAAUAUUUGUUGAAAUGCUUUUGCAUGGAAACAUGAAACUUGUUUUUUUUUAUCAUUUUCAGUAAAUCUCACUUAAUUUAUCAGUAUUCUUUUAUGAACUAGUCAAGAAAAGUGCUAUUUUUGAAGAAUGAAGGGAGAGGUUGUUAUUUGAUAAAAAAUACUUUUGUUCUUGCAAAGUACCAAACUUCAUUGUUAUAUUUAAAAAUAUGAAUGGAAAAAUGGUGUCAAUAUUACAUAAUAUAUAGAAAAACUAACUUGUAUCACUCCUACUGUACAUACAACUUCUCCUACAGUAAGACAUUACUUGUAUCUUAAAAUAUUAAUUUCACUGCAAUUGUAUCUUAGCUAAGAGUUGAUAUACUGAUGGAUGCAAGAUGAAGGAAAAGUCGUUCUAGUGUAUGAAUCUGGGAUUUGAAAAUGUAAAUAAAAAUUGAAAUGACAUAUCUUUAUACUGUUAAUAUGACAAUUAUCAGUUAGUACUGUUGUACAAAAAUGUAUGUCAUUUUGUAAUUAUAUGAGCUACAUUAUUUUAUUUUCCUAUUGAGAAACAUGGAAUCGUGCUUUAAUCCUACAUAUCUAGCCUGUGUUCAGUAGGUUUAGUCAUAAUGUAUAGCGUCAGUACCACACACAGUAUUCACCUAUUACAAAUGAUAGGGCUACCAGUUUUUACUUGAAUAUUGUAUUUUUAAUGGAUUACGGACGAUAAUGGAGCGUUUUAUAAUGUUAACUGUUUUCAGAUGUCAUGAUUACUCUGAUUAAUGAAACAAUGCUUCAAAAGGUAACGGAAUCAGAAAGAAUAGCAAACAAAUAGUUGAUGUGCAUUUUUCAGGGUAUACAUAAGGGAGGUAACUCUGAUGGUGUCUGUUAUAAUGUGACGAGAAUGUGUUCUCAGAUCUAGACAUUUUUUUUGAAUUCUAGAUAUUACUUAGACCAAGAGAGCAACUAAAUUAAGGUAAAAUCUAAUAAGAUUGUAUUACUUGUUUUUUUGAAUUGUCAGAAAUGUGAAAUCUGGUUUUCAUAAAGCUUCCAGGCUCCUUUUGUUUUAAGAAUCUUUUGGAGAUUUCUUUAUUUUUAUUUCCUUGAACAAGUUUUCUGGAUGAAAGAUUAAGAAAUGUAUUAAAAAAUAAUAUUGCCUUAUUACCAUUUUAAUACACAUAGGUUUAGAGUGUAUUAGUUGUGUGUUUUUAUUAUCACUUAUUUUCAGCUAUUGCCAAAAUACUUACGUAAUCAUUGAUGCAAUAUUGUGUUAUAUAAGUUAAAAAUAAUGUUGUGAUCACUUGCCCAGUUCCCAUUGAAAACCAAAUGAUCACCGGUUAUAAUUGUAAAAUAAAGCAGUUUUCUUUUGGUUUUACUGUGUAAUUUAACAAUCAGCUAGUACCAAAGCUGUGUAUAUGUAUUGAUGAGUGGUUUGUCUCCAGGUGUCUCCAGGUGUGCCUGGAAGAUUAACGAGGUGCACUUGUUUUGUGAUAUAGUAAAUGUGAUAUAAAAUAGUGCUGUCUGUUUGCCUGCUUUAGUGCAUGUCCUAUGUGUUGUUAGCUGUAGAAUUGUCAUUCUAAAUGAACAUUCUAGAGAACAAACCACCUUGAACACUUCAUUCUAUAAACUACUGUAUUUUACCUGUAUAGACAUUACCCAAUAUAAAGUUCACUUUCUGUGUUUAAAGUUUACAAAAGGGUAACAUUUGACUUUCGAAUAUGUGAAAAUAUGCUUCCAAAUAUAGGUAUGCAAUUUAGUUUUUAGAAAAAAACUUCAAUUCUCAUUUUACUGGCAGUUUAAAAUUUACCCUCCUUUAGAAUAAAAAAAAAGAUAAUAAUGUUGGCAUUGGUGACUGAAAGAAAUGCAUAAUUUCAGCUUCUAGGGCUUAAAAUAUGUGGUUGCAGCUGCCUAACUUUUAUCACAGAUGACUUACAUUUGGUGCAUCUGCAUAAACCGAGGAAGUUCAUUCACUUUAAAUUCUUUAUAAGUAUGAUUGAUUUAUUCAAGGGGGUUAUGAGCUUAUUAUAGAAAUGUUUCUGAAAUUGAAUCAAUAAAUGUAUUAUAUGCACAAAGGAACGCCCUUCAGUGAUUCAAUAACUCAAAUAAUUAACAAAAAUAUUGUGGAUUCUUUAUUGACUAUUUUAUGUUACCCUUUACAGACUCUUUGAGAAAGAGGACAACUUUUGAUUUAAAUUUCACAAAAAAGAAUUUUUAAGAAUAAGUAACAAAGCGAAAGUGGUCAAUCCAUAGAAAUGAGAAAUCUGAAUGUCAGAUCUAGAUGAUACUACAUCUUAAUGUGUGAAACUUGCAUAAUAUUACUUCUGUUCAAUUAACACAAAAUUCAUUAAAAUUUCAUGAUCAUUUCUCCCAUUAGCUCAUAAUGUUAAUACAUUCGGGACACUUCCGUGAUUUAACUACAUGUUGGAGGUGUUCUGAAUGGCUGUUUAUAUACUAAUUGUGUAGUGUUUCAUGCUUCAAUAUUCUUAGAAUAUACUGUGUGUUGUUUCAUUUUUGUAUCUAAUAUCUGAUAAUG